AUGAAGGCUAGUAUGGCAGAUAACAAUACAGAUGUUCGGCUCAUUGGGGAGAACCUGUACCAUGGAGUCAAUAUAAGUGAACGCUGCUACCUGAUGAAACAGGUGCUAAACUUUACCCUUGAAGAAGUGCUGUUUCCCCAACAGGAUAAAUUCCAACCAUACAUGCAGGAGGUUGUGCCCUUCUUUGCCAGGCUCAACAACAUGCUGAGACAAUGUCAUAGCAAGAGCGAUGCCCAGCAGAUCCAGAGGAAUGUGCAAGAGCUGCAGGACACAGUGAGAAAGCUUGGUGAGAGUGGAGAGAUCAAAGUAAUCGGAGAGCUGAACUUGCUGUUUAUAUACCUGAAAGAUGCCUGCAUUUGAUUAAAGCAAAGCUGGAAAGUGGAUAACUAAACCUUCAUCUGUCCGAAAAACGAAAUCCCUAGUUUUCUUUUACCAAAAGGGAAAGUCAUAUAUGAAUUCUAAAUAAGUUCCUGCUUUGGUUGUUUUUUUUUUUUUAAAGAAAAAUGAUAUUUAUUCAUAGCAUUAGUUUAUGUUUUAUAUACAGAAAUUUACUGAUUAAGCAAGUGUCUAUUCCCACAAGGAAAAAACAAAUUAAUUUUCUAUCCCUGUAGGAGAAAGACCUAAUAAUUUCACUCCCA